GAAACUAAAGGGAGGUGUUCAGCGUUAAUACAGCUGGUCGCAUGUCCACGAAGAGCCGAGACGCGAAGGAGAAAGUAAAGCCAUCGUUUAUUCAUAUCUUAUUAUUAUUAUUAUUAAGUCCUUCUGUACACUGUUUAACAGCAGGACACACAGUGCGCAGCUGCAGCGGCCCGAAGCUGAAAUAAGCGCUCACUAUGUCUGAUGGGGACUAUGAUUACCUCAUCAAAUUCCUAGCCCUCGGUGACUCUGGAGUGGGGAAAACAAGCUUCCUCUACCAAUACACAGACUCCAAGUUUAACUCCAAGUUCAUCACUACAGUUGGAAUAGACUUCCGAGAAAAAAGAUUGGUAUACCAAUCAACAAAUCCAGAUGGAUCUCGAGGUCGAGAACAGAAGAUCCACAUGCAGCUGUGGGACACUGCAGGGCAGGAGAGGUUUCGGAGUUUGACGACCGCGUUCUUCAGAGAUGCAAUGGGUUUCCUCCUUCUGUUUGACCUCACAAAUGAACAAAGUUUCAUCAACGUCAGAAACUGGAUGAGUCAGUUACAGAUUCACGCAUACUGCGAAAGUCCAGACGUCGUUUUAUGUGGCAACAAACGUGACCUGACGGAUCAGAGAGCAGUCAGUGAAGAAGAAGCCCAUGAGCUGGCAGAGACGUACGGAAUCCCAUACUUUGAGACAAGUGCUUUAAACGGGGAGGAAGUCCACGAGGCUGUGGAGGUCCUGCUGGACCUGAUCAUGAAGAGGAUGGAACGGUGUGUUGAUAAGUCCUGGAUCCCCGAUGGCACCGUCCGAGUCAAUGGACCCACCUACACAGACGUCUCACAGGGGCCUGACAAUAGCAAAUGUUCAUGUUAGCAUGAACAAUGGUUACGUGCAUGUGUCCAUAAUACUGAAGAAAAGAAAUAGGAAGACAUCCAGGUUUAACAGUGGGAGUAUAUAUAGUAUAAUUUUAUUAUUUGAGAGGAAACUUUACAUUAUUUGUGUCCAUUGGCCCACAAAGCACUGCACUGAUAUGCAUCCAUCGACAUGGUGUAUUAUUUAUCAGUACAGAUAUAGCGCCUUUUUGAAUGUGGGCAUUUCAUUUUAAUUCAUAUCAUGGGUCUUUUGAAUAAUUAAUUCAUAUUGGAGUAUGGGUUUAUUUUUUCCUACCUGAAAUUUACAGUCACUUAAAUGUUGACUGAUACCUGCAGUCAUAGUUUAUUGGGGGUGUAAAAUCUGCUUCUUUCUUUAAGUAAACUUAAGUUAUAAGUGACUGAAUGUUCUGCUGAAUUCUGUAAUCUCACUGGUGCCAGUCAGAAAACAUGUUGCUUGUGCUUGUUUUUCCUCUAACAUAAAUUAUAGAAUAAAUAGCUAAGACAUCUACCCUUCAAUAUAAGACAAUAAAUACAAAAAAUAAUGUUCAGUAGUUUAAUAAAAGGAAAACAAAGUUGAGCAGUAACUCCAGUAAUUAAUCCGGUUCUAUGAAGGACCCAUGCAAACAUUUGAGUUCUCCCAAUAUAUUUAAUCUUAACAUAGUAAGGCUGACCUUCAGUCCCUUGUAUUACUAAUUGUAUAUCAUUGUUUACCUUUGACGAUGCCUUUCGUUGUAAAUUAUACGUUUUAAAGUACACAGGCUCCACAACAUUUGGAUAUUAGUUAUCAACUGAAACGCUGACCAUCUUUACUGAAAUCAUAAAAUAAUGUAUUCACUUUUAGCAAACAAAACCUCUAACUUCAGGGAAAAUAAGCAGAGGUGCUAUUUCACAGGCAAUGCCAUGUUUUUAUUGAGUGUGGAUAUUGAUUAGGCUGUCAACUUCUACAAUAUUUCUAAUGGAAACACUGUAUUCAAGUGCUCGAAGAUGUAAGGCGUUAAAGGACAGCUCCAUUGCUAAAUGAUCUAACCAUCAGUAGAUUAUUGGGUCGAGUUUUGUUUCAUGUAUCAAUGUGACCAAGUGGGCUGUUGAAUUUGUUGAUUGAUUUAUAGUUCAGUUAACUUUUAUAGUGUGCAUUUAAAAUCCUAAAGCUCAUGCUUUUAGAUCAGUUUAUUAUACCACUUAUAUUUUAUAAAUACUUUCACUUACAAAUCCACAUUAUUUGUAUUAUACGGUCAUUCUUUGCUGUAUAAAAGGGUGAAAUAAUGUUUUAGCUAAGACACAAGUAUAUUUUUUAACUCACUGUUUCAAUCCACAGAUUUGAAAAACGACCACUAAAAUUUAAUUUGAUUAUAUUAGUAAGAAUACACUGGAAUUUGUAAUAUGUUUAAUUGUGCCAUAAAGUUAUCAUAUGCCAAAUAUGUAAAUGAUGUCCAAAAAUAAACAAUUUAUUUAUGCA